GAAACAGAAUUCAAGAACUAAAGCGAUCGCAUUAUCGUUUCCAAACCCUAAUUACAUUAAUGGCGAGGACGAAGCAAACUGCUCGCAAGUCUACCGGCGGCAAGGCCCCGAGGAAGCAGUUGGCCACCAAGGCGGCGAGGAAGUCUGCGCCGGCGACCGGCGGCGUUAAGAAACCUCAUCGUUUCCGUCCUGGAACAGUAGCGCUGAGGGAGAUCAGGAAGUACCAGAAGAGUACCGAGCUCCUUAUCCGCAAACUACCCUUCCAGCGCUUGGUCCGUGAAAUUGCUCAGGAUUUCAAGACUGAUCUCCGAUUCCAGAGUUCCGCCGUUGCCGCCCUUCAGGAGGCUGCGGAGUCUUACCUAGUCGGUCUUUUCGAGGAUACAAAUCUCUGCGCUAUCCAUGCAAAGAGGGUUACUAUUAUGCCCAAGGAUAUUCAACUGGCUCGCCGGAUCCGGGGCGAGAGGGCUUGAUAUCUUGAUGAUUGAUGUCAGGGGCUUUCUUUCCCGUUAAGGUUAUUUUGCUCUGUAAUAUUUGUUUUUAAAAAUCUUUCUGGUCGUUUUAUUAUCUAGUAAUGUAGCAAUGAACGCAAGGGUGGUUGCUUGGUUGAAAUUUCUGGUAAUUGGAAUGGUGUUAGAUUGUUGUCGUUGUUCAGGACUCAGUGCCAAUUAUAUGGAAUCAAAAUUUCUGGUUAUAAUGUUGUAUAAGAUCGUAUUCUUCCCUUUGCUUCAGUUA